AUGUCGCGAGCGUCCGCCCGUCGCUUUCGAAGGCCACAACCAUCUGGUGGCGGCGCCAGUGGUGGCCACUUGAAGCCAGUGCACACGGCAAGUGGCAAGAGACCGGGCGAUCGAGGGCGUGUGGCGACUGCGACCGUAGCUCUUGGCGUUGCGACGUUCAUGUCCCACGAUCCGUCCCGCAGUGACGUCGAGUGGGGAUCAAAAGGUCGCGACGCUUGGGGGACAAGCGCUACCAUGGAGCAAAAGGGGCGCUAUGUGUUGAUGAAGGAGCUCGGGCGAGGAGGGUUUGCUGUCGUACGUCUGGCAAUGGACAUGGACACGCAAAAGCUGCUGGCGGCAAAGAUCUUUGACCCACAGAGCUCUUCGAAGGAGUCGAUUCAAGCAGAGAUUGACGUGAUGAAGCUCCUGGGUACCCACGAAAACAUCGUGUCGCUGUACGACGUGCUGGACCUGGACGACGAGACGAUCAUGUUGACAGAGUUCGUGGCAGGGGGCGAACUGUUUGACUACAUCGUCGAUAUGGGAUCUGUAUCGGAAAAGGACGCUGCGCACCUGCUUUGCGGUGUCUGUCGGGCGCUCGAUUACGUGCACAACCGCGGUGUUUGUCACCGGGACCUGAAACCUGAGAACGUUUUACUGACCGACCGAUCUGCUACACCAAACGUAAAACUAGCGGACUUCGGGACGAGUCGCCGUCAGAGACGGGGAGAACAGAUUGUCGAGCAAUGUCCAACUGGGACUCUCGCGUACUGGGCUCCUGAGAUCGUCACGCGCCAGCCUCAGGAUCUCAGUGUCGACAUGUGGGCAUUCGGGGUGCUGGCUUACAUCGCGCUUACUGGAGUACAUCCCUUUGACCCAAGAGGCGACAAGUCGGAUGCUGAAAUUGUCAAAGACAUUGCGACAGGACGAUAUGAUGUCGAAAACAAAUGGUACAGGAGUCUCUCGACGACGGCCAAGGAUUUUUUGACGUGUCUUUUGGACGCAGAUCCCGCGAAGCGGCUGACUGCUCAACAAGCAAUGCAGCACCCAUGGCUCAGGUGUACCACAACGUCGGUGGAACCUUUCGAUAGCGGUCACUGCCAGCGUCUGAAAUCGUAUCAGCGUCUGCAGCAUCUCAGGGCCAAUGUAUUGGCUGUCAUCAUGAGCGUCCAGCACGCGAAGUUCGGAAACACUCUUGGUGCUAGUAAGGACGAGAUUGCAUCGCGCCAGACAACCGCUGUGAAUAUGGACAUGUUCAAGGAGACAUUUGAUCUUCUCGACAAAGACGAGUCCGGCUGCAUUGACCGAGAUGAGCUCGAACACACGCUCUUGGCGCUCGGCCAACAGCUUUCCAGUUCGGCGAUUGACGACAUCAUGCAGCAAGCGGACACUAACGGGGAUGGCAAGAUUUCCUUCGCUGAGUUCGUGAGCAUGAUGAACGAACGCCUGUUUCGCCGUGGGAAUCUGACGACAGGAGAUCUGAAAGCAGCUUUCGAUACGUUUGAUGCGAAUCACGACGGAUUGAUCUCCAGUAGCGAGCUCGAGCAUGUGUUCCACGUACUUGGCAACAAGCGCAUGAGCGAUGGGGAAAUUUGCAAGAUCAUUGACGGCGCGGACAAGAACGAAGACGGGAUGAUCGACUACACUGAGUUCUGUGCGUUGAUGCAGCAAGACGCACAGACGUGA